CCGAUUACGUCAGUCAUCUCUCUGUUACUUUCGUAACUGGUGAAUAAGUAGAAUUACUUUGCUAACAGUUGAAUUACGUUUCAGACGUAAAGGCUUUUGACUAAAAAAAAUCGUUGACGAUUAAAUCUCUAAUCUGAUACAGGCGAAUUUCAUAGAAGGCACUGUACUAAAGUGUUCCUUCCUCAGAAGCCAUGAGCAACCAAGAGCCAACUCAACCACAAAAUUCUACUUCAAGUGGUGGAUCAGAAGAGAACCCAAACCAAGCCGGUGAUGCUGCAACAGAAAAUAUCACUAGAGGAAUGGCGAAUAUGAAUACACAAGAUCGUUCGAUUAGAGAACUUAUAAAUCAAUUAGGAGAACUACCUGUUGUUUCGGUUGAAUCAUUCAAAGUGUUGGAUCAGAAAUUAAGAAAUGACAACGUGUUGCGAGAAGAGUUGGAGCUCUCUCUAUAUCUCUUUUUUAAAGAGGCAAAAUCCGUCUACUCUUUUUUGAGACGUGCUACCAGUAAACUGAUAACUAAAGAAGUUGCUAAGCAGUUUACCAGAACGGAUCCACCUCCAGGCAAAAAAUCUUUCGAGAGGGAAGUGCCAACAACUUAUAAAAUGAUUAUAGAUGCGGCUGAAAGGUAUAAAGUACUCUAUAAUACCAGCGACAACAUUACCAGGGAAUUUGGAUCAGUAUUGAGUAACACUAAGGAUUGGAAGCCUCCUGCUAGGUAUGCUUAGCUGCAAUAAAUACCCCAGCAGUAACUUCAGAGCACUAAACAUCUAAAAUUGAAAAAUACACAUCAAGAAUUUUCCGCAUUUCGCCUGAAGAGUGUACACAUUAACAACUUUUGUGUCUUUAAAAUUCAUAAGUUUCUCUACUAUCAACUACUUUGUGGAAUGUUUGAUUGACGUGAUUCUUCAGAGAUAAAAUAAAUAUAUUAUAAAUAA